AUGCCUCAUAAACACAAGAGAAAGCGCGGUAAUGAGGAUAUCUACGAUCUCCCACCUUCACAAAACGCGCUUCCGCUUCCGAUAACUUCCGGUAGGCAAGCCGACAAACGGACCCCCCAUCAACCGAAUCCAGAGCGACAGAGAAAAUAUCCCAAGAAUGGCAAUGAUGCUCCUCGGGCUUUCCGAAGGCUCAUGGCAUAUGCCCAAGGCAGAAAGACUCGUCCAGGGCUCGAUGAUGGAGAGGUUGUCAGCAUUAGAAAGCAAACACAAGAGGCUGUUCUCGAAGUACCUCGGAUUAAACCAGGUGAAGACUUGAGGUCUUUCUCCGCCCGUGUUGAUGCGGCCUUGCCAGUUACAGGUCUGGCAACAAAAGUGAAGAUAGUAGAUGGUAAGGACUUGCUUGGUCUCAAAGUACAACGUACGCGCAAGGAAAGAAAAAUGCAUAAAUUAUAUGAUCAGUGGCGUGCUGAGGAACAGAAGAUUCGGGCAAAGAGAGAAGAGCAGUGUGAGCUUGCAGCCGAAAGAGAAAUGGACCCUGAUACCACUAGCCUGUUCUCGGAAGCUGGGUUUGGAGAUGUCGACGGAAGUAAAAAACGACGAAGACUAGGUAAAGAGCAGGACGACGAUCCCUGGCUGGAGUUGAUUCGUAAGAGAGGCGAGGCUAAGAUUGGGCUGCACGAUGUCGCUCAGGCUCCACCUGAAAAUCUCCACAAACAAACACGGAAGCAGCUUCAAGUUGGUGGCGCUGUGGUUGAUGUAGACAACGUCCCAAAGACAGCUGGAAGUUUACAUCGUCGCGAGGAAUUACGAGCAGCUCGGGACAAUGCAGUUGAGGCGUACAAAAAAAUUAAGCAGCACGAGCAAGCAAGGCUUAAUUUAAAGAAAAAAAUCAACUAG